AUGGCAGCAAAAGCAUACCUUAGUCACCAGGAACGAACUGCCAAUGAGCCGCGGGACCCAACACUACACAGCGUCAAGGUCAGAGAUAUCGAACAGGUUGUUAAUAGCAUUAGACUCAUUCGGCUUGUCCCGAAUGAAACACAGCCCACAAUCAAGUUUCUGCCUGGUCAGUGGCUUGAUGUACAUAUUCCUGGAAUAUACAAAGCUGGGGGCUUCACACUCACGUCUACACCAGAAGACUUGUCUCCCUCAACAGAUGAUGAAUACCCUUACUUGGAACUAGCGAUUCAGAAUGCUCCAAGCAAUCCUGCUGCCGCUUGGCUAUGGCGUCCUCAGCAUGAGAUACUGAAAUCGGAUCUUGACGUUAGAGUCGGCGGAAGCUUUACUUGGCCUCCAUCUACCAUCAAGCCUGAACGCAUACACAAGGUCGUUCUUGUUGCAGGUGGGAUAGGCAUCAAUCCGCUCAUAUCGAUAUGCUCUGCAUUGAGUAGGAGUAGCCACAUCAACUCCAUCAAGGUGCUGUAUUCUACCAGAUUGACGACUAGUUCAUCAAAGGUUUUGUUUCUAGAACGUUUGAAUGCGUUAUCACAGAAACAGUCGACAACGACAGUCCAACUUUUCUUGACAGGGUCAACGCCUCUUGAGAGAACGUGUGAAUCAAUGAAGGCUGCUAAGUUGCAGCGAAUCCGACUCGACGAUCUGAUCGAUGCUAUUGGCCCAGCUACAGGGAGAGCUUCUACCAUCUGCUAUGUUUGUGGCCCAUCUAAGAUGACCGAUGAUGUCGUUAAAUACCUUGCGGCGCAGGAAGGCAUGGAUCGUUCGCGCGUGCUUUGCGAGAAGUGGUGGUGA